AUGAUGGGAUUUAAUAAUAACGACUCGAACGAAUCAUCGUCAACAUCCGAUUAUAGUAAUGAAAACCUCGAUAUUUCUUUAUCAUCGCAACGUCUAACUCCUUAUAGUCCGUAUUUAAAUUUCGAUCCGGCAUUUUUACCAACAAAUCAACCAGAAUUCAUUACCUCCGAUGGAUUAGUUAUAACUGAUGGCGCAGGAAGAUCCAGAGGACGAUUUGAAUUAGCUUUUGGUCAAAUUGGUGCUUCUUGUAUGAUAGGUGCUGGUAUUGGAGGCAUGAGAGGAUUUUACCGAGGCUUAAAAGCUACCACAAUGGAGGGACAAACUGGAAAGCUUAGGAGAACUCAAUUACUUAAUCAUGUUAUGAAAAAUGGUUCUUCGGUAGCGAAUACACUCGGUGUAGUUUGUGUGAUGUACAGCGGUAUAGGUGUAGGUCUUCAAUUAAUUAGAGAUACUGACGAUUCGAUAAAUACUAUGAUUGCUGCUACUUGUACUGGAAUGCUGUUUAAAUCAACUGCGGGACUUCCAAAAUGUUUGAUGGGAGGUGGUGUAGGAUUGGCGUUAGCAUCAAUGUACUGCUUAUGGAACAGUCGGGACUCAUUAACUCAGUUAAGGCAUCACAAUAUGAACCCAGCAUAA